UCUUUUAUUAUCUCUCUCUCUCUCCUCUUAUCCCCCCCUUCCCAACCUUCCAAAAGUCAGCGCCUUCUCUUGUCUCCUUCUUCAUUCCCUGAUCUUUCUUCAUUCUCUCUCUCUCUCUCUACUUUCUCUCUCCUCCCCUGUUAUUUUCUCUCUCCUCUUCACAUCCAUGGAAACCCCUCCAGAUUGGGAUCUACUUGCCGUUGUCAGAAGCUGCUGCACCACCACCUCAACCGCCGCAAAUACCACCUCAACGGCGGAUCUAGAACCUUCUCAUCUACCACCACCACCACAACAACAACAACAACAAAACCCAUGUUUUUCUUCACCUUCUUCGUCUACUAAUUGUUCAUUUUUCCAGUUUUCAAACCCUUUUGAAACUUCUUCAUCAACGACGUCGUUUUUAGGUGGUCAACAAGAGUUGCAGGAUAUUUGUAGACCGUUGAUUUGCACCACUACUACCAGUGCUACAUCUAACACCAACAUUAUUCUUAAUAAUAGUAAUAAUAUUAAGAAUAAUAAUAAUAAUAGUUUUCAGUCUAUCUCAUCUGCUUCUUUAGCUUCCCCUGUUUCUUCACCUUCUUCUGUUAUUACUGGAAGAUCUUUUGGAAUUACAGAACAACCGCAACUUCGGGGAUUAAUUAAGCCUUCACAUGUCAUUUUUGGUGCUAAUUCUUCUUCUGUUAAUGCUUCUUCUCAUACUCAAAGAACAAAGAAAAGGAAAAAUUUGAUGAAGAAGGUCUGCCAUGUUCCAGCUGAAGGUCUUUCAUCUGAUAUGUGGGCAUGGAGGAAAUAUGGACAAAAACCCAUCAAAGGCUCUCCAUAUCCAAGGGGAUAUUAUAGAUGCAGUAGCUCAAAAGGAUGUUUAGCAAGAAAACAAGUAGAACGCAACAGAUCAGACCCAAAAAUGUUCAUAGUCACCUACACAGCAGAACACAACCACCCUAUGCCAACUCACCGGAAUUCUCUCGCCGGAAGUACUCGCCAAAAACCACUUUCCACCGCCGGAACUCCGCCGGAGCAACCCACAUGCUCAUCUCCCUCCGCCGCUAGUCUCUCUCCUUUGACCGAAAAGUCAGAGUCAAAAACAGAAGGAGAUGACUUACUAAUGAAAGAAGAAGAAGAUAACAAUCAUAAUAAUGAGAUGGGUCUCUCUGAUUUGAUGCUUAAUGAUGAUUUCUAUGUGGGUUUUGAGCAAAUCGACGCCUCAGAUGGCAGUGAUGGAUUUUCCGACCAUUUUUCGCCGUCUUCGGAGUUUCCUUGGUUAGCUAGUAACAGUAGUACUGCCGCUGCCGCCGGUGGGAGUUGACUUUUUCCGGCACAGGUUGACUUUUUCCGGUAAAGGGUUGACUUUUCCGGCAGAGGGUUGACUUUUUGGAUUAAUUUUCUGGUGAUGGAGGUGGUGGUGGACUGGUGGGGGGAAGUUUCUUGUUGUUGAUGAUGGAGGGAUUGACUUUUAUUCAUUGACAUGAUGGUUUUUUUUUUUAUUUUUUCCCACUUUAUUUUGGUCAACUUUAAUUUAUUUUUUACUUUUUUUUUUGUGCUUUUGUGGAGGGGAAGGUGGGAAAAAUGCUCUCACUAUUUGUGAGAAUCUAUGUAAGGUCACAAUGGUAUUGUGAUUUGUAAGGUAGUGGAAAUUAACAGUGAAAAGUUAGAGAGAGAGAGGGAUAAGGAAGAGAGAGAAAGGACUUUUAGUUGGUAGAAUCUCAAUUCUCAACUAAAGUGUUAUCAAAAAAAAAAAAAAAGAAAUUAUAAAAGGGUGAUAUAAUGUAAGUGAUUGUAAUGGGAGUGGUCCAUUAAUUGUUAGCAAGAGAGGAGAACCUUGUAGAGGAAAAAAGGGGAUGGUUGGGUGCAUAUGCUUAUAGUUAUUCUUUUGUUUUUGUGAAAGAGGAGGAAGAAAAAAAAAAGGAAAAAGAAAAAGGGAAGAGGAAUAGUAGUAUAGUGGUAGUACUUAGAGAUAAUAAUAAAAAAAAGUGAAGUUACUUAUUUGGUAUAUAUACUUCUUUUUAUUGAAAGUAUAAUGAUUGUCUUA